CGGCGGGAGGCCAGCCAAGUGAAACAGCUUAACGAAGCCAUCUCGGAUGCAUUGGGUUCGUUCGUGGCGAGCAGGUCUUCCACAUUCACUUGUGGAGGUUCCAUCCCUAUCGUGAGUGCCCCCUUAGCCUAGUACUCGGUAUAUCUCGCCUAACUUCGCCCCUCACCCAUGAAGAAGAGUCUCGCUCCUGGGGUUGAUGGCAAGACAAGCUCAGCUACCAAGGAAGGCAUCCCUCAGGUUGAGAUAACUGGGUUAAGUUCUCCGCCCAUCACCAUUCGCUGGGAUUCAAAAGACGGCAGUGUGACGAACAGAAUUACCCUUCCCAUCGUUGCUUCCAAUGAGGAUAGCCAGACCAGGUUCACUGCUCUCAUCAAUGAUUGCCAGCCCGCCAGUUUUGGAUAUAAGGGCAAAGAUAUCCUCGAUAAUAACUAUCGCAAGGCUACAAAGCUCGAUUGUUCGGCCUUUUCGACUGACUUCUGCCCGUAUACACUUGGAAUUAUCGAUACGAUUGCUCAGGUACUCCUCCCAAAUGCGGCGGAUAGGGAGUCUAGGACGGGUGUGCGAGCUGAGCUCUAUAAGCUGAACUUCUACUCAGCACCUUCCGGCUUCUUCAAGGCACACGUCGAUACCCCACGCUCCGAAGCGCAAUUCGGCUCGCUAGUAGUAAGUCUUCCAUGCCAUCAUGAAGGAGGGCAGCUGGUCGUACGCCACGCCGGGCACAGCACUACCUACGACUGGAGUACUUCCAAGACCAAGACAGAGACUGCUCAAUGCCAAUGGGCUGCAUUCUACAGUGACUGCGAGCACGAAGUUCUGGAACUGACUGAAGGUCAUCGAUUGACCCUUACAUACAACUUGUAUGGCGUUCCGGGCGUAGGGCAGCUCGCCGGGAAUAGUCCCGCACUAGAUGUCUCCAGUCUACCGCUCUACCAGCAAGUUAAAGCAGCCUUAUCUACGCCUGAUUUUAUGCGCGGAGGCGGCCUCCUCGGGAUUGGCUGUAUCCAUGCGUAUCCACACACGAGCAAGGCGAGCCAGGCAUCGCUUCCCGGUAUCCUCAAAGGUGCCGACAUGGCCGUCUACACCGUCUUCCGUGCUCUUGGCCUCAAAGUACGCGCCAGGACUGUUUUGGAUGAUAAAGAAGCUAUUGAUCGACUAUAUAUGUGGGGCGAAGAAGAAGAUAUCAAAGGACCAAAGAAAGAUGAGUCUCUGAGUCGUAUUGGAAACUGGGGCCCUAUUAAAGUUACUAAUUCCGGAGGAUGGGAGGGCGAUUUUUUGGAUGACGUCCUCAAUGAAUUCUCUCCACAGCGGCCGACAGUCAACUGGCUUACGACGCCACGAGGACGGCACGGGGACACUGGAUACGUACAUUUAACCUACGGCAACGAAGCUGGUAUCGAGGCGAUGUAUACCCACGCCAUACUGCUAGUCGAGGUUCCCGACCGCGCCCUUGAAGUUGCAAAGGAGUAGGUAGGCACUUAGAUGGAUAGAAAAUGGUAACCGAUAGAAUGGACUCAACGUGGUAGCUUAAGAUUGAUUCGUCUAGUGGUUGCGACUUCUCGAUAUAGUCGAUAAAGGACUAAUAACAUGGUAUAGCAUGUAGCGGAUCUUUAAAUACCUCUUCGUGAGUGCUAUAUACCCAAAUACAAUUCAAUUUCGAGGGCCUGGAUUUUUCU